UGGGAAAAAAUCCAAUUGAGCACAUGGAGCCUGUUCAAUGGGCGGGAAAUCUAGGUAAACGGGUAUAAAAGUUUGCCAAGGCCAGCAGUUACCCUGUAGCUGGAACCAUCAGAGGUUUCUUUCUGCAUUGAGCUUCAUCUUAGAAGGGCACCACCAACGAACCUGCCAAAAUGUGUGACGAUGACGAGACUACCGCCUUGGUGUGCGACAACGGCUCAGGCCUGGUGAAGGCUGGCUUCGCCGGUGAUGACGCCCCCAGGGCUGUGUUCCCUUCCAUCGUUGGUCGCCCACGUCAUCAGGGUGUCAUGGUGGGUAUGGGUCAGAAAGACUCCUACGUAGGUGAUGAAGCUCAGAGCAAGAGGGGUAUCCUCACUCUGAAGUAUCCAGUUGAGCAUGGUAUCAUUACCAACUGGGAUGAUAUGGAGAAGAUUUGGCAUCAUACCUUCUACAAUGAGCUCCGUGUUGCCCCUGAGGAGCACCCCACCCUGCUCACUGAGGCUCCCCUGAACCCCAAGGCUAACCGUGAGAAGAUGACCCAGAUCAUGUUUGAGACCUUUAACGUCCCUGCCAUGUAUGUGGCCAUCCAGGCUGUGCUGUCUCUGUAUGCUUCUGGCCGUACCACUGGUAUUGUGCUGGAUUCUGGUGAUGGUGUCACCCACAAUGUCCCCAUCUAUGAGGGUUAUGCUCUGCCCCACGCCAUCAUGCGUCUGGAUCUGGCUGGUCGCGAUCUGACUGACUACCUCAUGAAGAUCCUGACUGAGCGUGGCUACUCUUUUGUCACAACCGCCGAGCGUGAGAUUGUGCGUGACAUCAAGGAGAAGCUGUGCUAUGUUGCUCUGGACUUUGAGAAUGAGAUGGCCACUGCUGCUUCCUCCUCCUCCCUGGAGAAGAGCUAUGAGUUGCCUGAUGGUCAGGUUAUCACCAUUGGUAACGAGCGUUUCCGUUGCCCAGAGACCCUCUUCCAGCCUUCUUUCAUUGGUAUGGAGUCUGCUGGCAUCCAUGAGACUGCCUACAACAGCAUCAUGAAGUGUGACAUUGACAUCAGGAAGGACCUGUAUGCCAACAAUGUAUUGUCUGGUGGUACCACCAUGUACCCUGGUAUUGCUGACCGUAUGCAGAAGGAGAUCACUGCUCUGGCCCCCAGCACAAUGAAGAUCAAGAUCAUUGCCCCACCUGAGCGUAAGUACUCUGUAUGGAUUGGUGGCUCCAUCUUGGCUUCCCUGUCCACCUUCCAACAGAUGUGGAUCACUAAGCAGGAAUACGAUGAGGCCGGACCCAGCAUUGUCCACCGCAAGUGCUUCUAAAUCCACAGUGAUUGUUAUCAUCUGUGUCUACGUGCCAUAAUUCGAGCAGCAGUGAAGCGCUCCACUGUCAAGGGACAGAUUUAUUUAAAAUAUAUUUUGUAACCCAGUGUUAUGCGAUGAAUAUACUUCAGUGAAGAAUAAGCAACAUCAAGAUGAUUGACAUUCUAUGUCAUACAACACAAUGUGAAAUGUACAUACAUAUUAAUUUAUUAAAGUCCAUUAUUUGGUAUCA